AUGGCUGAACAUAAAUAUCAUUUCGAUGUCUCAAUGUCAUGUUCUGGUUGUUCCGGAGCUAUUGAAAGAGUUUUACUGAAAACCGACGGCAUUUCAAAAUUUGAUGUUUCCUUAGAUCAACAAACUGUUGAUGUUAUAACUACAAAUGAUUACGAUACAAUUUAUAAUAAAAUUGCAAAAACAGGUAAAAAAAUUAAUAAUGGUAAAGUCGUACAAUAG